AGCGAGGCGGGCUUGACGGGGCUGGGGGCCGGCCGGGCCGCCGGGGCCGGCCGCCGCGCUGAGGGUUCCGGGACGCGUCCGCCUGCCAUGAGCCGGCGGGACUGAGCGCCGGCCACUCGGAGCAGCGCGGGCGAGCGGAGCGCAGGGCUAGAGCCGGGCGCAGGGGUGCGGCCGCGCCGCCAGAGCUGCGGAUCGAGGCCGGGCGAUGAUCCGGGGCGUGGAGGCGCCGAUGGCGGACACCCCGCCGCAGCCGCCGCCCGUCAUCUUCUGCCACGACUCCCCGAAGCGGGUGCUGGUGUCGGUCAUCAGGACCACCCCGAUCAAGCCCACGUGCGGCGGGGAGCCGGAGCCGCCGCCGCCGCUCGUCCCCACCAGCCCUGGCUUCAGCGACUUCAUGGUGUACCCGUGGCGCUGGGGGGAGAACGCGCACAACGUGACGCUCAGCCCCGGGGCCGCGGUGGGCGCCGCCUCGGCCGCCCUGCCCGCCGCCGCCGAGCACGAUGGAAUCCGACGUGGUAGACCCAGAGCAGAUACUGUCCGGGAUUUAAUAAAUGAAGGCGAGCAUUCGUCCAGCAGAAUCCGUUGUCACAUCUGUAAUAGGGUGUUUCCACGGGAGAAAUCGCUCCAGGCUCACAAAAGGACUCACACAGGUGAGAGACCCUAUCUGUGUGACUAUCCUGACUGUGGAAAAGCCUUUGUUCAAAGUGGACAGCUCAAAACGCAUCAGCGUCUUCACACCGGGGAGAAACCUUUCGUUUGUUCAGAAAAUGGCUGCCUAAGCAGAUUCACCCAUGCAAACCGCCACUGUCCGAAGCACCCUUAUGCCAGGCUGAAGCGGGAGGAGCCCACAGACGCUCUCAGUAAGCACCAGGCUGUGGACAACCAGGCUGCUGCUGAGUGGUUGGCAAAGUAUUGGGAAACAAGAGAGCAGCGUACCCCCACCUUGAAAGGAAAGCUCGUUCAGAAGGCGGAUCAGGAGCAGCAGGACCCUCUGGAAUACCUGCAGUCUGAUGAGGAGGACGAUGAGAAGAGCGGGGCCCAGCGCCGGCUGCAGGAGCAGCGGGAGCGCCUGCACGGAGCCCUCGCUCUCAUAGAGCUCGCCAACCUGACGGGGGCGCCACUCCGCCAGUAGCCUGAACACUGACUUCACUGUACAAAAGUACUGCCCAGCGUACUUAAAAAGUAGAUCCUUGGGCAUAAGCUAAGCACCUUAUUUGCUUAUCAUAGGCUGCUAUUCUGUAGAAAUUUAUGAAGAAUGUUAUUGCCCCAGAAUAUGGGGUGAGAGAGAAUUGCACUUUUUUUAUAUGGUAUUGGUUUUGUUGUAAAGUUUAAAAUAUUUUGUAAAUAUGGGACAUAUAGUACAGGGUAGAAAACUACCUAUUGUGGGAAGCUAGAUUUUGCAAGUUUAAUGCAUUCAUUGGAAGCAGUUCUCACAGGAAGCACUUUCUGAAUAAGACACUUGCAUGAAAAAGCAGAAUGGUAAAUGUAGCCAAAGAAGCUCGAAAUAGAUUAUUUAUGCGAUCAUUUUUAACAAUGUACGUUAGUAUGUUUAACAAUACUGUAAACACUGAAGCAAGCAAGAAAGUAUAAGAAAUGCGUGUAAGAUAUACGUUUUUAAAUUGCAUAAUAGUGUGCCUAAUAAGACUAGAGAAAUGGAAAACUGACGUUCGGAAGAUGUUCUAAGUUACGGACUUCAGAAUUUUAAAAAUUGGAGUAAAAGCAAUUGUAUUCUAUCUUUCUGAGGCUUUACAACUCACUAUGAUGUUUAGGUUUGAAAAGCACUUGUCAUCCCUAGCUUGUUAACUUGGGAACUUUUGCACAUUUCAUAUUUCCCAUUUGCUGAAACUGAGUGAUUAAUCUUGCAAAGUCUAGGUAACUUGGUAAUUGGUAUUUUUUUUUUUUUAUAUUAUGGGCCCUGUAAUGAGAUUUGGCAAUUGGAUUUUUAUUAAUAAAAGGGACAUCUACAGGGUUGUUUUGUAGUGAGCUGUUUUAGAUCUUUUGUUAGCAAACACUAAAUUUUAAUUGUACUGCUUGUUUAGAAUUAUUAGCAAGUGGAAGCCUCCUAUUUAUAUUUCCAGUGCAUAAAGCCACCUUCUUGCUUUACUUCAGAAUAACAUGCCAAGCUAUUUUGUGUUCACUAAAUUUAGCUGUCAAACACUGCAGAAAAUAUUAGCUACUCAAAUAAGUAGGCUUCUGGAAUAGUUUUAACUGCAAGUGUGUUAACUCAUGUGGUGGUUUUAAACUAUUUUUCUAAAGAGAUGGAGUUUUUAGACACCACCUUAUGUACUGAAGCAUGGACAGAAAAAUCAAAAGCUGAGCAUUCACCUCCUUUGUGUAGGCAUAAACCUCCAUCAUUUUAGCUUUUGUUUUAAGCAGAAAUUAAAUAACAUGCAUAGCAUGGUAAUUUUAUAGAUUGCUUAACUGGAGUAAAUCUCAGAAUAAUAGAGGGGAAAUAUGGGCUCUUCAGUGCCUUAUUUUUUUUUUCUUUUUUGAAUUGAAGUAGUAGCCUACAGAUGUAGUUUAAACAUUAUCUAAAAUUAGGCUUCUUUAUCCAAAAAUCCCAGUGUGUUGCAGUACCCAGAUAGUUUAAAAUACAUAGCCAUGGGGAAGAGGAGGUAUGUAAAUGUCUUGACAAGGAGUGAAAGUGUGAAAAAUGACAGUAACAAAUAAUGUGUAUGAUGAGGACAUACUUUAAAAGUCUAAUUCCUCUGUACAGUAAAUUACCAAUCUUGAGGGAUUUUUUUUUGUAAUAAGAGAAUUUAUAUUUGUAAUGGUCUAAGAGUUUUGUUUGUAAUAUGGUAUAUAGAAUUUUAAUUUGGAGCACUUAUAUACACAGAGAGACUAUAGCAUCUGAAUUUUCUUGGUUUAGGUUUCAACAUUUUAUCUAGAAUUUUUCCUCUCAAAUAUGACUUAAAUGAACUAUAAAAAGCAACACUCAUCAGCCUUGGGAAAUUUAAAAUUUGAUGAACUUAACUAAAGAAGGAAGGGCAGUAAGAAUUUAAAAAAUACAAAUACUUGCCAUUUCACAAAUAAUAAAGUUUAAGGCUUCAAAAAUAAGGGUUUUUGUUGGUUUGUUUCUCUGGUCAGCUUUUGUCAACUAUAAUAGUUAUAUUCACUAACUUUUUUUUGUAUAAUUGGAAGUUUAAGAAAUUAUUACAACUAUUUACUAUAGAAAUAUUUAAAAUGUUCUUUUUUGAUAUAAGCUAUAUACUUGGACAAAAUACA